AUGGAUUGAGGUUAUGGCGAAUGGACAAGAAGAGAACGCAGCACUAUGGGGCAAACCUAAUCAGUCAUCAAAUUACUCAAAUUACUCUGGACCUCAAUUGGCUCUUGAUGGAUUGAUAAACACCUGGACCCACACUAACAAUGAGACCAACCCGUGGUGGAGAGUGGAUCUACUGAAAGUAUACAGAGUGAAUAGAGUCACCGUCACUAAUAGACCGGGCCUUGCCCUUAGGAUUAACGGAGCGGUGAUUCGUAUCGGGAACUUCCUUGAGAUUUACAACAACAGAAUAUGUGCUGAAAUUUCUACUCUUGCGGCCGGUGCCACGGCCACUUUCUCAUGCGGUGGAAUGGAGGGACGUUAUAUGGUUGUUCAUAUUCCUGGAGAUCAGAAGAUUCUUAGUCUUAGUGAAGUUGGAGUCUAUGGGUAUUUGGCAGGAAAUCUGGCAGUGGAUGGAGCCACUACACAGUCAUCAACAUUUCCGGGCUGGUUUGCUGAAAAUGCCAUUGACAGUAAUCGAGGUCUCCAGCAGUUGACUACGGGAUGCUCCUCAACCCGUACUGAGACUAACCCAUGGUGGAGCCUGGAUCUGCGUAAAGUGUACAGAAUUAGUGAAGUGGUCGUCACUAACAGAGUAUACUGCUGUGUAGAACUAAUAAAUGGAGCAGAGAUUCGCAUCGGGAACUCUUUGGAGAACAACGGCAACAACAAUCCCAUAUGUGCUGUUAUUCCUGCUAUUCCAGCAGGUAAGUCCUAUAGAUACUCAUGUAAUGGGAUGGAUGGACGUUACGUGAAUCUGAUCAUUCCUGGAGACAAGAAGACACUCGCUCUGUGUGAGCUGGAGGUUUAUGGAGAAGGUCCCAUUUUAAAAAGAUUGUUUGUAAAGAUGCAGUUUAACACCAGAGUUGAUUUAACUGACCCUUCGGUGGGAGAAAAUGUUCUGAAACAGUUGGAGUCGGCUCUGGCUGAUAGAGGAUUCACAAGCGUGACUCUACUUUGGUCUCAAACCCCAAAACGGGUGAUCCAGAAGGUGAAUGCUGGUAAAAGUCAUUGCGGCAAUGGAAAAUAACACACUGGAAAUCAAGACUGUCUUUAUUUCACUAAAUUUAUUUUUGUUAUAAACAUUAAUUCUGAUUCUAAAUGCAUCGCCUGAAAUUUCUUUAUAAUUAUGCUUACAAUG